CAGCCUGUUACUACAGCCAGGACUGGACAGAUUUUUCUUCUUUUUUCUGGCUUCUUUCUUUCUGUCAGCUGUCAUGAACAUGUUAUGCCAACUGGGUUUACAUCGAAGUCACUGUAUUCCAUGUUACCCUGAUCUUUCUCUUAAGUUGAGCUGUCAACACCACAUGGCUGAUACAGGAUACUGAAGGUCAUCUUAUCUCGACUCGUGCUAAAAAUUAUUGAUAGCACUUGAUGACUUGGCCUCUUUUUUCUUAAAUGUAGACAUAUUACUUGAUUUUAGUUUUUUCCCCCUGUCGUCACUUGCAUGCACUCAAAAUGUGAAGACAUGCACUUUAAUUUGUUUAAUUGUAAUUUCACUUCUGUUUAUGAUAUUGUUCCAGGUAUGGUUCAGGAAAACCUGAGAUUCUUGACCCCUUCAGGCACAUAGGCUUCAAUGGGCAGUGAACACUGAACAUACUGUUCGUGGUCAGCACGGGCAGCAAAUAGUGUACCUGCUGCAAUCUCAAGCCAUUUUUUUCCAUUGAAAGUCUUUUCAUAUAUUUUUGUUUCUGUUGUCUGUUUGUCUAUGAAAAGAACAGUUUGAACAUAUAUUUGUUCUGAGGUCACUGGUGCCAAACAUGGAUUUGCUUCUUUUUGUGAUCAGCAGAUUGUCAGAAAAGCUACCAGCACUUUGCCAAUACCAGAACAUGUACUUGCAGGAGAAUUUUCUAGAUUGAUUUCUGUCUAACUUCAUGCGCUGCCUGCAUUCAGAAGCAAGAGAUGUGAAAUUGUUCUUACCUCAGAAAAUUAGCUGUUCAAGAGUAGAUGAAAUGUGUAUUUGUGUGUGUGUCUUCGUGGGUAGGUAUGGAUUUCGUAGAUCGCACGUUGGAGCCUUCAGCAUCAUGGCAGCCCCAUCGCCUCAAGUGCACUCCACAGAUGCUACAUAUGACGAGUUUGCUCGGUCGACCCCAGUUCCGACUCCCACUCACAUGAUUGACAGAGAUCCUCCUUACAGAUGCCCCGUGUGCACCCCGGCAAACGUUCAUCCGACGUCCUACGUGGGUCGAGUGAGACCAGCCAGUCUGGCCAUCUCGCCCUCAGACAUGGGCGUUGGAAGGAGGGCAGCAGGAGGGAGAGUGGGCCGCUCUGUGGGAGCAGUUUCUAGUCGUCCAUUACCGCUCAGAAGACGGAAGAGCGGAGGAGCACCUACAGAAGUGAGGGGAGGACAAGGCGUGUGGGCCCCAGGCAAGGGAGCUAACUACAGCCGCGGGCUGGACUACUAUUAUGUGGACAAGAAGGAAGAGAGACUGCAGGAGGCUAAAAUGAACACCUUCUGGCUGAGAACGCUGUGUGCGCAGCCUGUCAGCGAGAUUCUAACCAAAUACAGGCGGAGGUCGGAGCUGCGACAGACUAAAGUCACGUGGUCCCAGACCAACACAACUCCUGGGGAGAGAUCUCUGAUGCAGGCAUGGACACGUAAUGUCUCCAGAAGGGUUGUUCCAAGAGUGACUGUCAAAGACAUCCCAGGGUGCACUAGCGAACAAAAGGUGCUGCCAUUCAGGAGGAAUCCCACCCAGGAGAUACUGAAUUUGGUGUUCAGCGAGCAGUCAGACAGCCUGGGUGUCUGGACUGACGACCAUGUGGUCAAUGAUCAUCAUCAGAAGGUUUACCCAUUCAACGACACGGCUGCUUUAGCACAGCGGUCAGGACAUAGCCAAGGGAAGAAAGCAUCCUCAAUUUUCAUGAACAGACAAAUAAAGAAAACGCCCGAAAUUCCCCCACCUCAACCAGUCAGCGCUUCUGAUUAUUUCCAGACGAUUUUGCCUGAUCCAAUCAUACUGAAAGCAGCCCAACAACAGAGACUGGCCUUGAACACAACGAGGGUGCCUUCCGAUGACUACAGUCCUGCCAUAGCCACAUCCAGUCCUGACAGUCUUGCAGACACACAGCCAGCUGUCAGUCACGGCACUGUCCUCCCAGCCAUCCGGCAAGAGCGUUCCUGAGCUUAUGGUGGCCAGUGCACACACCUCACCUCACAUGCACGCGUAUGCAAAUGCGAGAUUAUCCAUAAGAAUGUACCAAAAACAAGGCGAUGGGUACUGUGAAAACAACAACAACAACAUAUUUUCCAUGCAAGACCUAUAAACCUAUUUUCGGGUUUUUUUCUUAGUGACCUUGAAGUAGCUUGCAACACAAAGAAGUCGAUGUGACAAUCAGGGUUCGAGGCCAGCGACAUAACGGAGGGUUAGAAGCCAGUUGGACAGUGGAAGUCGUCGUCCCUCCCGAGUUGUCACUCAACAGGAAUCUGCUAUGUCCCCUUUUAUGGAGAAGAAGGUGGGGGAAGAAAAGAAAACAAUACCACAAAACAGAGUAUGAUUCUGGGAGGGGGAAAUUGGUGGCCGGCCAGCAGCUAAGGCUGUAUCGCGGCUGAAUUUUAAAAAUGUAACUGAUAUAUUUCAAAAGCCCUUCUCUACUGCUAUAGAUAUCCAAAUGAGAUGGCUUCAGCUAAGACAUUUUUUUUUUUACUUUGGAUCCUACUCACAAACUCGUUUCUUUUUUAAAUGUAAGCUCAAUACAACUCCUUUUUGUUGUUUUUGUAAACAAGACGAUGAAACCAUUGAAUACGUAUUCCGGCACUGUCCCGUGAGUAAAGACUUUUGGGACCAACAACGGAAUUUGCUAAGCAACCAGAACUAUUCUGAGGAAGUUAGGUUUUGUAAAGACAUUGUGUUGUUUGGUAUUAGUAGAACUGAGGGGGUUGACAAAGCUUUGAACUUCAUUAUUCUUCUAGCAAAACUUUUCAUUUCUAAAAUAAACAGAGUCCUAAAGGCAAUAGCAACAGUGGAUAAGUUUAUAAUUAUCAUUUCUAAAGUCACGAUACUUUGUGGAGCAAUAUGUGACAUCUAUUAAUAGCACACAAAUUUCCUUUUGGCAGCAGUGGCCCCCAUUUAGUCAUGUGACUUGAUUAAUAACGGCACUAUUUGUAAUGAAGCUUAUGUCCACAUUGCAUUACUUAUGUCAACAUUGCAUGGAUGGUCAUAUCUGCAAAGACUACAUAGUGUUUUAUGUAACUAGCUGUUUGUGAAUGAAGUGCCACCGACAUCUGUGGUGUAUUGUGCUGUGAUUGCUACGGUGAAUAUGUUGCUCAGUCCACUGAUUUAUUUUUUUUUUAGUAGGCAUCGAACUGUUAAUUUUGCUACAGAUGUUCAGAAGAGAUAUACCUAUAUAGUUCUAUGGUUGGUUGGUUUAUGUCACGGUUGAAUGGUAGCUUCACACUACACAUCUGGAAACUGUCCAUUUUCAAAAAGCUAGUUUAGAUAAUAGAAACGAUGAAAUGGUUGUCAAUGAACACUUGAAUAAUUCAUGUGCUAACUCACUGGCCCCGCUGUUUAUUAUUUUUCAGUGAAAGGACAGCCCUUUCUAUUUUGUCCACACUGAUCGACAAUCCUUAUCAUUAUCAACACUACCUUAAUAAUAACAUUAGUGUUACUACUAGUGUCCCUGUUGACCAUGAUUUCAGUCAAUGCAUUAAAAUAUUACUGAACUGACUGCCCAUUCUCGGUAGGUGUAGUUUCCACAUGUGGUGUUUCUUGUAUGAAUUUAAAUGCAUUCUUGUGAUGAUCGUGUAACCAAAGCAAAAUUAACUUUUCUUCGGGGUUGUCAGCAGAGAGAGAGUCGUCAGCAGUGAUGAUGAGGCUAACAACAACACCAAGUACAAACCCCCAUCACCUCACAGUCCCCAUCGUAUUGUAGGGAUGAGAGACAUGGACUCUGCUCGCUGAUACAAAAAGAAAUAUCCACCCAUUGCAGGCGAACACUGUUCCUGCUUUUCUACCUGGAGCUUAAGAUGAAUGAAUACGUGCAGAGCACGGGUGCCACCCCGUUAGGCCGCCAGACACCCCAUCCUUUCCCCAAGUCAAGGGACUGAAUGAUUUUUCAAUGUUUGGCGGUGGGGUGGGUGGGGUUGGUUUAUCUAGAAGUCGGGUAUCAAUCCAGGGUGCUGACCUAUCUGUGCUCAGUCACAGCAGCUGCUGUUCUCCCAGAUAACACAGCGAGUGUCCGUUGACCUCCGCGAUGUUGAAGCUGCUCACGUCUGGCACUUGUAGCAGACUGUCUCAGACAAUGCUUCUUUGGCUCCUCGCACUUCUCCUUGUGGGUGCCUUCUGGCAGUCAGGCGCCACGGAAUGUCCAGAUGACUGGACAGUGUUUCAAGGCUCCUGCUAUGUAUUCAUAGACGACUUUGUUGGCUGGACCGACGCCUGGACAAUCUGCAAGACGCUGGAUUCCAAAAUUGUCACCAUAGAAACGCCAGACGAGAAUGACUUUGUUUCAGCACAGUUGAGGAUGAGAGGUGGAAACAGAGGUGCCUGGAUUGGUUUUCAAGACUUCGUAAAGGAGGCACUGGGUGUUGGCCGACACGCAGGAAGCGUCUGAGUAUACUCACUGGGCUCCGGGAGAACCUAACAAUGACCAGGAUCAGGACUGUGGCACCAUCCGUGGCGAUGGCCAGUGGGACGAUGACGUGUGUGGCGCCACGCAUCAAGUGGUGUGUGAAAAGCCGUAGGCUGCAGCAACAGGUAACCGUGUCGGGGUCAACCUUGAUGAGAAAUCACCCCACCUGACGAUUUGUUGUUUAAGACCAUUUUAAAAACGAAAGAAUCAAAGAAACUGUUGCAAUCUUUAGAACAUGUGUUUGUUUUGAUAGCUGGCUUUGGUACUGAACUCAUUUAGUGUUACCACGAACUUAUCUCCCCUCAAAUACACCUUCAUGGUGUUACAUAUUGUGACACUGCUGUACACUGGCUCCCUCUGGCGCUGCUAAUUAGCUCUGUAGCAAGCCUAUGCACUGAUCUAUGAACUGGUUGAUAUAUCAGCAGGUCCAUGUGAACUAAUGCAAGUGUCAAAUUAGUUAUAUACCCCGUGUACAAUGGUGUUGUGUAAUUCCACCCUGACUUUGAUCGGAGAACUCAUAGCUCGUGUUCAUUCCUUCAGAGUUUUGAUGUUUGUCUUGAUAUUUGAUAAAUCUCGUCUUGUGUUUCUGAACUUUGUGUGCAAAUAAAGACUAUAUGUGAGCGCAGCAAA